AUGUCAUCUCGGGGGAAGGUGUACAUAGAGUGGGAUCAAGAAAUGAAGCUUGAGACGCAUAAGGUUGUUUCCUGGACGCUCGAUGAGUACCUGCAGGCGGUGCAGCACGACGAGCUGUAUGAGCAAGUGAAGCCCUUCUUGGAGAUGGAUGUGGAGGUAGGAUGGAUGCUAAUCACGACAUGGGAUGGGCAAGAGACGAGAGAGGAGCGGGUCGCAAGGAAGUACUAUCUCGCCGGGGGCUCAUGUCGGUUCAUGUUCCAGACAACCGUGGCCAAUGUGAAAAAGGCAUUGGACGACGCCAUUGAGAGUGGUACGAACCUGGAGACCGUCCUCCAGGGCAACGUAGGAGAGUUUUCGCCGCAAGCUAUCAACCGGUUGAUAGCAUACGUCGAGUUUGGAAGUAAGAGAAGCUGGUUGCCAGUGAGCAAGUAUGUUGCAAGUACGCUUGCGGCGCGUACUGCAGAAUCGACUUUGAGGCAGUUGGCUCUUAGUUAUGGCAUUGGAAAUCCGGGCGUGAAGGAAAGUCUUUUCGAGAUGCUUUUCUUCAAGAAGAUGGAAGAAACAGGGUUGAGUGUGACUUACCGUGGCCCGAGACAGACCGAGAGCUGGGAUCGAUGUCUUGUGGUGAAUUUCUCAUCAUUGCAAGGCAUCAAGACGCUUCCUGCGCAAAAUACGUGCUUGAGGCCCAUUAGCGCGUUUCAGGGAGGAUAUGACGCAGUGAUGGUCGACCAAGAGAAGCGGAAGGUGAUGUUUGUACAAGCAACGAUCGCACAGAAACACUCUUUCAAACUCUCUUUCUUCUUGAAGGCUCUGAAAGCGCUUAACAUCCCGGAAGGUGGGGGGUGGAAGGUGGAGGUUGUUUUCCUGAUUCCGGUUGAGGAGCUUGCAAGGUUUGAGAUCAAACCCAUCGAAGACAGCGGGGCGCUAAAGGAUUACGAAUGGAAGAGAGGAGAGGAGGAAAUGCAAGCAGAAGUAGCAGGGAUUUCUAUCUUGUAG